AUGAACUCUGAAAAAGCUGGGAGAUACAAGUAUGAUGAGAAACUUCAAGGAUAUAUAGAAUAUAGUAUAGAGCUUAAAUAUCAUACAAAGCUACUUGAGACUGCUAAAAAACAAGUAGAGAUUGAAAGGUGUAUGCUUACCAAUGGAAUGCUUUAUAGGCAGGAAAGGGAAAUCGUUAAAUAUAAUAUACAACAGAUUGCAGAUAAAAUAAUUUCUUGGGGAGAUAUUUAUAAAGAUUGGGAUAUUGAUGAAUUAUUAGCGAAAAUAUAA